ACUAACUGAUAACUUGUUUUCCUUGGCAGUGACCAGAAGAAACCAAUUUUGUUCGCAAAUUUUUGGAAAUGUUGCUCAAGGAAAUCGCGCGUUUCUCGCUGCAACAUCGAACCCUUUACUGUUAUUUAAUUUUAAGCAUAUGGAUUUUCCUGCUUAUUGCUGGAAUGUACAAGUAUAUUGGAUCAAUCGAAAACAGCAAUAGCGUUUUGAGUUCGAAAAAUUUCCUGUACAAAAAGCAACAAUUGAUGCUUGAGGAACAGGAUCGCAUUCGUACGAAAAAGAUCAACGAUGAUGAUUGUAACCACCCUCCAACGAUUGGAAUUGGUGAAGAAGGAGGGACGCUUGAUGGGUGGUCCUUGCAGGGCGUGUUGCUUCUUAUACGUCACGGCGAUCGUGGUCCAAUGACACAUGUUCGAGGCAUUGACUCUGUUGAUUGCAGUUACGAGGGUGAUACGGUUUUAGUGAAAUAUAAUCACUAUCUGACUAAUAGCAGUUCUAGCACCACUGCAGGCCAUUGGAUGAAAACUGGUCCAUUUCAUGGCUUUCCGUUGCUUCCGUCCAGCCCAAAAGCAUGUCUUCUAGGACAACUUACACAAAAGGGAAUUGCUCAGCUGCUGAGAGUUGGGGACGUUAUUCGUCAAGCCUAUGCCCACACCCUAUCGCUGUAUGCUAGACCCAUCGUCCAUACUAGAACUACUCCUUAUAACGCUUCAGAUACCACCAAUAAUCCCAUCAUUUAUAAUACUGAUGACAUUGUUAUCUACUCGACCCGAUAUCGUCGCACUUUCCAGUCCGCCAUGGCCCUCAUGUUUAGUAUCGUUCACCCGGAAAAAUGGCAAUUUCUUCAAAUCCUAGAAAGUCACAGUCUGUCCUUCUGUUUCACGGACUGUGCCUGUCCCCAGGCGGACAAUAUUAAAAAGCAACUGGACAAAGAAAGCAAACAGUCUCUUGUAACCCACCCGGCAGUAGGGGCCAUUGUCCAGUGGAUGGGCGCAACCCUGCUUCAAAAUCAACCCACUGUAGGUCAAUCUAGUCCCUUGGAAAUACGGGACGCAAUCCUGUCUCACAUUUGUCACGACGCCCCACUGCCUUGUCGUAAAAUUUCACCCAUUGCCCACGUAUUGCGUCAAACAAGUAGUUCCAGUACUCAGGAUCCACAAGAUGUGAUCAACAUCGACCAGGAUGAUGCUGCCAUAGUUUUCAGCCAAAAUCAACCUAACACGGAAGAACCGGACGACGUGGAUCCGACCGGGGAACAGGAACCGGAUAUAGAAGGCUGCGUCGAGAAGAGUCACGUAACAGCACUCAUGUCCUAUACUCAGUGGGCAGGUCUUAAGGAAUGGAAAAGCAUCAAGAUGCGUCAGCAAGGUCUACUUCGGGCGUACGGAUUCCUGCGAAAUAUCGUCGGCUACAUGUUGAAAAUGAUCUCCGGAGAUAAGGUGAAGUUCGUUCUUUACUCGGGUCACGACAAAACGAUGGAAUACCUGAUGACGGCUCUCGGAUUGACAAAGGAAAGCCCCUUCAUCCCAUAUGCAUCACGGUUGGCAUUUGAGGUAUACAAAAGUGAAAAGGACACUCAGUUCUACUUUCGGUUGCUGUUCAAUGGACGUGACGUGACGAAUGCGGUCGGAGUUUGCGAGGGCGGUAAAAGCUUAAGUGUACCUCGUGGCAUACGGGGGGAUCGUGCGAAUCUGUGUCCAAUCGAAAAUAUCAUACGAUUUCUGCACGAUGACUACUUUCUUCCACUGAAUGCGACCAACUACAAAGAUGCAUGUUUGGCACAAAAGGACAAUUAUUUCUAAGUUUGAUGAUGUUACCAAAAGUUGGGUUUUAGGUUUGAUCUGUGAUAUAAAUGAAUUUGUUUAAUAUUACUUGAUAUAAGUACAACAAUCAAUUUAGUUGAUUCGGGAAUAGGAGGGAGUAUGUCCAUGAACAAUGUCGGAAAUCGAUACAUAUCAUUUUAAAAGGUAGCUUGUAAGAAUAAUGAUGAAAUGUGUAUAUUUACAAAAAUGUUUUCUCGUCGCAGAUGAUUACAGCGUCGGGGUUAUUCUACGUGGCGUGAGACGUGAAGUGAAUCUCCGACAACUAUUGGUAUUCCGAAUGUCACUUAUCUUCAAGCGAGACACCAUUUGCUUUGAUGGAGACGGAAUAAUGUCGCGAAAGUGAGUCACUUCACUUCACACGCCGUAGAGCAAAAGAGGUGUGAGAAUGUAUCAUUGUGUAA